AUGCAAGUGUUGAACUUGAGAAGAGAGUUUAAAGUGUUGAGGAUGCAGGAAGCAGAGUCUAUUAAGGAGUAUGUAGAUAUACUUAUGAAUAUUUUUAACAAAAUUAAUUUGCUAGGUGAGGAGCUGAUAGACAAGAGGAUAAUUGAAAAAGUGCUUGUAAGUCUACCAGAAAGGUUUGAGUCCAAAAUUUCAUCUCUUGAAGACUCAAAAGACCUAUCACAUAUCUCCCUUUUAGGGCUUGUUCAUGCCUUACAAGCUCAAGUACAAAGAAGACUUCUGAGACAAGAAGACAACAUUGAGGGAGCUCUAAUGGCAAGUCAUAAAGUGAAACCUUAUGAAGGUGGAAAUAAGAAGCAAGCAGGAGAAAAGAAAGGGAAGGAGAAGAAUGAUAACCAAGGAAUGAAGUCAUGCAAACAAUUUGGCCAUAUUGAAAAAGUUUGCAAAAACAAGAGUAAUCAACAAGGGGAGCAAGCUCAACUAGUGGAAAAUCAUCAGCAGCAAAAUCAGGAAACUGACCACCUGUUCGUGGCUUUUCGCUAUGUAGCAAGUGGUUGCACUGAAGCAUGGUUGACAGACAAUGGCUGUACUAACCAUAUGACUCCAGACCCAAGCAAUUUUGUGGACUUGGAUCAUACAUACAAGUCCAAAGUAAAGAUAGGAAAUGGAGAACUUAUUGAUGUCAAGGGAAGAGGAGUUGUUGCAGUCCAGACUUCAACAGGUACCAAAUAUAUUUCCAAGGGCUACUUGGAUGAAGAGAUAUAUGUAGAGCAACUACAAGGCUUUACAGUUGAAGGGAGUGAGGAUAAAGUGUAUAUGUUGAAGAAGGCUUUAUAUGGCUUAAAACAGGCUCCUAAAGCCUGGUAUAGCAUAAUCAAUGAGCAUUUAGGAAGCCUUGGUUUCAAUAGAAGUCCUAAUGAACACACUCUCUAUGUAAAGAAGAUUGGUGGUGAUUUGAUGAUAGUAUCCUUAUAUGUGGAUGACUUGUUUGUGACUGGAAGCAGCCUUGAUCAAUUGAAUUAG